ACGAAUAACGACUUCAUCCCCUUACCGAAACGACACCGUCAUCAUUACCCUCCUGAAAACUUCCGCGCACCGACUCCUUUUUCUCUUUCAGUUUAAAAAGCGUAAAGCCUCGAACCACCUUUCUCUCCAAAAACACACCGACAGAACCACCAUCAGCUCCACCGGCAAUGCUGCUGGAGAUUCCGGAAGCUCCGCCGCCGGAACCGUAAACUCGACUCGACUCCACCAAACUGGCUUCAUCCACAAUGCCUCCCGCCCAGAACCUCAAGCACCGGGUCUUUAUCUGCCUGAAUAAGCUCUCCGACCGUGACACGUACUCCCUCGCAGCUUCCGAACUCGAAUCCAUCGCCCGAACCCUCGACCCGACGUCCGUACCCGUUUUCCUCUCCUGCAUCCAGGCCACCGACGCCUCCGACAAGUCUCCUGUCCGCCGACAAUGCGUCCACAUGAUCACCGUCCUUUCCGAAACCCACGGCGACUCGCUGUCCCCGCACCUCACCAAAAUGCUCAACAGCAUCACCAAGCGCCUCCGCGACCCGGACUCCGCUGUCCGAUCUGCCUGCCAAACCGCCGUCGCUUCCCUCUCCUGCCAUGUCACCAAGCCCUCUUCUUUCGGCUCUUUUCUGAAGCCGUUAACAGACGCGCUUUUCACGGAGCAGGACCCGAACUCGCAGAUCGGGUCGGCCCUCUGCCUGGCGUCGGGAAUCGACUCCGCCCCUGACCCGGAACCCGCGAAGCUGUCGAGGCUGCUGCCUAGGCUCGAGAAACUGGUAAAGUGCGACGGGUAUAAAGCGAAGCCGGCGGUGCUGACGUUGAUCGGGUCGGUGAUCGGGUCGGGCGGGGCGUCGGGUCACGGAGCUUUGAGGAGCUUGGUUCCUUGCCUCGUCGGGUUCCUGAGCAGCGAGGACUGGGCCGCGAGGAAGGCCGCGGCGGAAGCGCUGGCCAAGCUGGCGGUUGUGGAGAGAGACGAGUUGUCGGAGUUCAAAGCUGGGUCUUUGAGAACGUUCGAGGCUCGGAAGUUCGAUAAGGUGAAGGGUGUUAGGGAGGUUAUGAAUCAGAUGAUGGAAGCAUGGAAGCAGAUUCCUGAUCUCUCCGAUGAGGCUUCGCCGCCGCCGCAAUCGAUUGCUUCCUCCAAAGAGAAUGCAGGUGAUGGACGCCAGCCGGCUAGGUCCAGAAACUGCAACGUUCCUGGUUCCGGAGCUCGCCAAUUGAAGAAGAAACCUACUCCGGCUAGUAGAUCAACUCCGCCUGAUAGUUCUUAUGCUACCACUGCUAGGAACAGAAGUACUUUGAUGAGUAAUGACAAGAAAGUGAAUCCAGGAAUGUUUCGGAAACCAGGUCAUAAGAAGCCUUCAGAUUGGGAAGCUGAGAUUAGUGUGCUUAGCGCUCCCUCAUCGGCUGGGGCUUUUAAUGACGGUUUUAAGGAGACAGAUGAGAAUAUCCCAGAAAGAAGGAUCGACGGGAACACAAAACGGGCCUUGUUCCAUAGGUGUUCUGAUAACAAAGUGCACAAAUUUGGUGGGUCAAGGUCAGGAUCUCGUGUGGCUCCAUAUCAUGAGGAGAGAGCGGAAUCUCCCGUUGUAGUCAGUAAUGUUACCGAGAAUAGUCAUAAGAACCGCAGAGAAUGCGAGGAUUUAUCCCUGAUCCGCAAUCAACUUCUUCAGAUUGAAAAGCAGCAGUCCAGUUUACUUGAUCUCGUGCAGAAAUUCAUGGGUAGCUCGCAAACUGGAAUGCGUUCGUUGGAGACCCGUGUGCAUGGGCUAGAGCUAGCACUGGAUGGGAUCUCAUAUGAUUUGGCCUUGUCAAGUGGAAGGAUGACCAAAGUUGACUCACGCCGCAGCUCAUGUUGCCUGCUACCUGGUGCCGAUUUUUGGAGUUCCAAGUUCUGGAGGAAAACAGAAGGCAGGUACUCAACCUCAAGGUAUCCUAAUGCCAGUGGCAUUGCUCCGGCAGCAGCUAUGCGCUACAGAGCCGAUGACAAUGGCAAUGCUGAAACAUCAGAGAGCCUUAGGUUUCAGCUCCAGGAUAGGAGUGGAUUCAUUGUAAACCCUUUGGCAGAGAUUCGGAGUGGCUCAAGGGGUGUGUCUGAAGGAGCACGUCGCUAGCCAGUCAAAUCAGCAGAUUACGUUUACCAGUCCCUGCAGCAUAAUUUCAGCCGGAAAGUUUGAGUUUGUCACCGGCCUGGUGUGAUCGAUGCAUGAUCAAGGCAAAGUGAAGGUAAUAGGUUUGUGCUAUAUUCUCGCCUUCUCGGUUUAUCAUAAGAGCAGCCUCCAGGAAAAUUUGCAACCGUCGUACUCUUGAGUAUACCGACGAUAGUAGUCUUUCAUACGAUUAAACGAAGAUACAGAAAGCAAUAUAUUGCGUGCUAUUCGGUAAGUGCACCUCUUAUUGUUCUUUGCAGUAAGAUUUCAAAGGAGUGAUAUAUCAACAAAUGCCAUUUUUCCUGGUAGUUGGUACAGAGAAUGUAUUGUGUACAGAGGAGUAGAGUAUCAUUUUGUAGCUUUCUUCUCACUGAUUACUACUUGCUCUUAAAGAGUUUUAAGAUAUGAUGAUGAUGAAUUCUAUA